ACUUUCGGGCGCCGGCACUUGGCCGCAGGCUGCUGCCGCUGCUGGCCGGGCCGGCCCCCCCCCCCCUCCGCUAUGGGCACCCCGCGUUUUUAAGACCGGGGCGGCCGCCCUCUGCGCCGCCCCGGCGGGGGGGGGGCACUGUGAAUUAAUUAAAAAUCGCUAUUUACGUGGUUAUUCAUUGCCGCGCUCCGGGCAUGUGAACAACCACACCACCACCGCCAACCCCCCCCUUACCCCCCCCCCCCCCCCCUCCAUCCACCCCCAGCGCCAUGCCGGCAGCCUGCACCCUGCUGCUGCUGCUGGGGCUAGGGCUGGUCCCGCCGGCCGGGUCGUCGCCCCUCGCUUCCUUACGGCGUCUUUUUCCUCCUCCUCCUCCUCCUCCACCGUCCCGAAGCCGCCUCGGCCGCCCUUGCUCGCCUCCCGCCGCGGGACACGCCGGCAGCCCGGCCAUUGAAAGCAGCCAUCCGGCGAGAAGAAGUUUGGACACGGAGAUAAGGACUUCUGGUGCUCUCGUGGACAGUGUGGAGCUGGUGACGAUGCUGGCCAGGAGCAGAGAGACGUCAUCGCUGCCUGCCAGGCACGGCAUGGUGCCGGUGGCAAGGGGGGUCACGGGGCAUGUUGGUCCCCCCGCCGAUGAUGGGGGUGUCACCCCACUGGGAGCAGGACCCCCAGACAGUCUAUCUGCUGGGACAGCAACCCGCCUGCCCGCCUGCAGCCAUCCUACUGCCACUGCAAGCCACCACCAUGCUGCAGGCAGCCAGGAGAGAGGCAAGAGGGCUCUGGCUUCUGCCAGCCCCCCUGCAGCUGCCGAGAGGACGCUGCCAGUUUUGGCAGCCGCCAGCACCAACUCGGCUGAGAGGACGCUGGGCGAGAGCCGUGGGGCCUGGGACGUGGUGGGGUUUGACAAUGCAACGAGGAUGGUGCUGCUGCCUUCAUCCACAGAGACUCGUCGCCCGGGUACCAGCGGCCCCUCUCAGCCGGCGAGCGGCUGGGUGGGCACGGAGCUGCCUGGCAGCCCUCCCACGGGCACUGCAGCCACCUCACCCAGCCCCUCGGGGAGCAGCGGGGGCACCCUGCUGCCCCUCCAUAGCACCCUGCUCCCUGGAUCUCUGGGACAGCCCCAGUCCUCCGCCCAAGCUUCCAGUGCCCAGGCUGGUGCAAACCACAUCACGAUACACCCCAGGGAUGUCACAGGGGACUCCACAAGCCCUUUGCUCACAGCAUCGCCUGGCACAGACAGCGCUUUCAGAGCUGCUGGGAGCAGCAUCAAGGCUGCAGAAAACCCAAGGUCCAGUAUUCAAAGGGCAGUGCCCAGUUCUGUGUCUCAGCCCCUGCCCUCAGCACCCUCCUCAGUGGCCCCAGCACAGAGACAUUUCCCUGGGCCCUCCACGAAGCACCAGCUCACCCCUUCUCUCCCAGCUUUGGAAAGCGCUGCCACAGGUGAGCUCGCCAUUGGAAGCAGCUACCAGCCAUCCAGCAUCUCAGCCACGGAGAGGAGAGUUUUGGAUUUCCACACCACCAGCACCUCUGUUUUCACAGCAGUCACCAAGGGUGCAGGGAGGACGUUAAGGUCUCUGCCAGCCAGCACCAGGCUGGCCAAUACAGCAGAGAUUUCCACCUCUGGUACCAAAAUCAUCAGCUCUUCAGACCAGACCUGGUCCCCUGGGACAUCUUUGGGAGCCCAGGGUGGUGGUAGCAGAGGUGCCACAGACUCGUUGCUCAUGGGCUUGCUGUCUGCUUCGGAAAGCGCUUCCACGACCUUUAGCAGCAAUUACCAACCCAAGAGCAUCCCAGCUGCAGAAGAGGUGAUGCUGCACUCGGACACCCACAGUGCUGACACACCCAGCGUGGCAGUGGGGACACCGGGGUCCCCCACAAAUGGCCACACAGCCGGGGUGACAAGGGGCUCUGCCACCAGCACCAACCCCACCAGCUCUUUGGGGGGGACCUUCUCCUCCUUGGGGGCUGGGUCACACCGUCCUAACAACUCAGGGGAAGCCACAGAUCCCCCAGCGCCUCCCGGGGAUCCUUUGCUCACAAGCUCCCUCUCUGCCUCCGAAAGUACUUUCAGAGGUGUCAGAAGCAGCCACCGACCAGUUAACAGCUCCGUGACAGAGAAAAGCCCCUUUGCUUCCUCUUCCACCGGUGCUUCCCUUUCAGCCGCGGCCACCGGCAGCGGCGGGAGGCCCCCGCGACCUGCCACGGGCAGCAGCCCCUGGGCAGCAGAACUCGCCACAUCCAGUAGUGCCACGUACGGGACCUUGGGCACGAUCCUACCCUCAUCCACGUCUUCUGUGAGAGAGACCUAUGGAGUUCGUGGGUCCAGGGAAAUCACUGAUUUCACCGAGCGGGUGGCAGACCCUUCGCUAACACGCUCUCACUCUCCUUCGGAAGGUCCUUCCCCAGCUACUGGAAGCAGCCAUGUGUCAUUCAGCAUCCUGUCAACAGCGAGAAGAACCGAUUUCCUUACCACCAGUACCUCCGUUUCCACAACAGCCACCAAGGGUGGAGGGAGGACGUUAAGGUCUCUGCCAGCCAGCACAGGACUGGCCCAAACAACAGAGAUUUCCACCGACACCACCAGCUCUCCAGACCAUACCUGGUCUUCUUUGGGAGCCCAGGGUGGUGGUGGCAGAGGUGCCACCGCGUCGUCCAUGGACCCAUUGCUCACGGGCUCGCUGUCUGCUUCGGAACGUGCUUCCCCAGCAGAAGGGACCUUGUCUACGGGAGGACGCCUGCCUGAUACUCCUCUCACCAGUACGCCCAGCUCAGUAAUAUCCACCAGUGAUGGGGAGAGAAGCACAAUGCCCGUGUCAGAUACCCGUGCAGCAUCCAGCUCUGCUCCCGCUUCGCCCCACGCUAGCUCCCUGGGCAUGGCCCUUCUGCCAUUCUCAUCGUCAACAGAGCCUGAGAGGCAGAGCGAUGCUUCCCAGAGAGGUGCCAGGCUCGAUGAGCUUCCAACGAAGUCGCUGCCUGCUUUUUCUCCCAGCAUUUCAGUGCCUUCACCUUCACCAAGUGCGACAGAGAGAGGAAGAAGAGUUUCUGGUGCUCCUACUGAGACCAUGUACAUCUCGACCACAUUCUCCAGCCCUGAGGAGGGGACAUCUCAGGCUGCAGCUAAUCAUGGCCAGUGGAGCACAGCAGCAGAAAGCCUGACGUCUCACCUGGACAUGUCUGGGGAGCCCCACACUGGUACCCCCAUCCUGUCCUCCACGGCAUGGCCUGGAGCGGGGCACAUCUCGUCCAGCCGAGCAGGGUACCCAGAGCCCAAGGUCACCCUUUCAUCCAGGGUCUCCACCUACUUCUCAACCGCUGCUGAACUUUCCACUGUGGGCAGCAGCCGUCGCUCCCCAAGCAGCUCGAGUGCCGAGGAAAGGAUGCCCGGCCCCGUCACAGAUCCCGCAUACAGUUCAUCCACGUCUGCUGGCGGUGGAGAGAGGACGCUGUACUCGGGGACGGACGGCACGCUGGCCGGUGGCACGGAGAGCCCUGCUCCCCACGCCGGGACCGCCAGCUCUGCAGGGCCGGCCCAGCCGGCGUCGGUGGAGCGGAGCGGGACGGCCAGCGCCUCCACCAGCAGCGGGGGCUUCACGGGCUUUGUGACAGAGACGCUCUUCACACGCUCUUCCAAGAUACCCACUUACUCUUCUUUCCAAAACGAUCUCACGAGCUUUUUAAGUAGCCAUCAGCCAGUCAGUAGCAUCAAUGCUGAGAAAAGGACCUCGGUUUCUCAUACGGAUGGCACAUACAUUUCAACUACAUAUACCAGAGGAGGAGAAAGGACCCUCCUGUCUAUCUCAAAUAGCAGCACUUCUGCUGACUCCUCAGAAAGUUCCACCUUUUUUUCUGAAUUUUCCAAUCCUUCUGAUUCAUCAAAAACUUCUGUGGCACAGGACAGGAGGAACAAUGUAUCCAGUGAUGGCAGUUUUGUUGAACCAUCUACAGAGCCAUUGCUGGUGCACUCUUCCAAACCGUUGACUUCUGCUUCUGCAGGCAGCGUGCAAAAUACAACUCUCUUCAACACUGACGCUGAGUUGUUGACCACUGACAGGUCAUCUCUGUCUUCAUCAGCAUUUCCAGCCUCUUCCUCACUGUCAUCGCUGCAUAACUCGCCAUCAUCAACACCACCACCAACUUACCUGUUUACAUCAUCAGAAUCAUCUGAGCCACUCUCGUCCUCUGUGAUGGCAUCUUCACCCCCUCUGCAGGCUUUGUCAUCCUCCUUGCCCACUUCCUCAUUGCUUUCCCCAUCUUACUCAUUAGCAUCUUUAUUGCCUCUGUUUUCAUCACCAUCAUCCAUCUCACAGUCCAACGACAGUGAUCAAGGAGGCACCUCUGUAGCUACAGCUGUGGUCAGGCAGCUGCCCUCCACAGCCGUCAUGACUGGGAGCUCACCCAGAGGGACCAACAAGCACAAUGUCACGUACCAGCCCCAAAACAGCACCAUCUUCACCUCCACUGGGUCUCCUCCUGCUACAGUGCCCAUGGAGCAGCUUGGUGGACGUAUCAUGUCCAUGUCUGCUCCCACAACGGUAACAGAGACCACCUCACCGAGAGCCACCACCACCCAGGGGGGUAGCUUCGGGAAGGCAACGCCACUGCUCACCCCAGCCAGCAAUGCCCCACGGGCUGGGCUGACGGAUGCGCCCCUUAGUUCCUCACCAAGCGCAACAAACCAAAGCAUCAUCAUCCCUGAGGUGGCACUGACCACAGUGAAACCCCCUGUGCUGACAACACUGGCCAGUCGCCAGCCAACCCCAAGUGAUGCUAGCACCAUGAGUACCCACAGACCUCAAACGCCUACUGCCACUAAGCACAUGUAUACCACUGGUGAAAGUGCAGAAGCUGUGGAUCCCACCACUGCAAGGCCUGGUAAAGUCACCGAAGAAAACAUCCCUGUUACGAGCCCUUCUGAAGCCUCUCCAACCAGCAAGACCACUGUGAGCAUUGCAACUACUUUGGCUGCUACCAAACCAACCUCCACUCCUCCAUCAAAUAGCACGACUGCGCUAAGGAUGUCAUCUCCAGCAACAGAUGUGGAUAAAUGUCUUUCCAACCCUUGUCCUGCGCUGGCCACCUGCAACAACACCCUUGGCUCCUAUAUCUGUCAGUGUCCUCUUGGAUAUGAGCUGGAAAAAGGAAAGUGCAAUUUAGUAAGAAUAUUUAUCGGCCAGGUCCCCCUGAAACUUAAUCUUACCUAUGGGAAGUACACAGAGCUCCUCCACGUCGAGGGUGAAAUUCUGGCGAUGCUCAAUGCAUCCCUGUCGGGCUUGCCUGGGUACCACCACUCCACAGUUAAGGCAACCAGGGAGGCAAAUUUUGUGCAUGUUUCAGUGCAAUCCACGUUCUCUUUAGCAUCCAAUGUGACUUUCUACGACGUUGUCAGCAGCGUGAAAAGCUACAUUCGAGCUUGCAACUCCCCCACUGAAGCCUGCCAGUUCAUCUCCAGCCUGAAACUGCUCCACAGAGUUGGCAGCUUGUGCAAGCAGAAAGACCCUGAAUGCGACAAGGAAACUUCUGAAUGCACAGACUUUGAUGGAGUUGCGCUCUGCCAGUGCAAAAGUGGGUACUUCAAAUACAACAAGAUGGACCACUCCUGCAGAGCCUGUGAAGAUGGAUAUAAGCUGGAAAACGAGACCUGUGUGAGCUGCCCAUUUGGCUUAGGUGGAUUCAACUGUGGAAACCCCUAUCAGCUCAUCACCGUGGUGAUCGCGGCUGCAGGAGGGGGACUUCUGCUUAUCAUGGGCAUAGCCCUGAUUGUCACCUGCUGCCGGAAGAAUAAAAAUGACAUAAGUAAACUCAUUUUCAAGAGUGGGGAUUUCCAGAUGUCACCAUAUGCUGAAUAUCCAAAGAACCCCCGGGCACAGGAGUGGGGCAGAGAGACCAUCGAGAUGCAGGAGAACGGAAGCACCAAGAACCUGUUGCAGAUGACAGAUGUGUAUUAUUCGGGUGCAGUCCCCUUCCUGGCACAGAAAGACACAAGCACAAGACCUGAUGUCAUGCCAACUGGACUGAGAAAUCCUGAACUGGAAAGAAAUGGACUUUAUCCUCCCUACACUGGUUUGCCUGGAUCUCGACAUUCAUGCAUCUACCCUGGACAAUACAAUCCAUCCUUCAUUAGUGACGAAACCAGAAGAAGAGACUAUUUUUAGCAGGGAGUGGAAGGUUGACACAGUUUCAUGGCCCUUGAUCCCCAGGUACAAUCUGUCUCCUGAGCAGUUCAGCCCACGUCAAUCUUACUCUUCCCAUCUAGCAGGAAGGACUUUGAACUUCAUGCCAAGUGUUGCUGCCCUGAGGAACAGUUACACUUUCUGAGCAGCAGAGAGAAGAAGGAUGAUGAGGAGGAGGGAGUGGCUCAAGAUUCACAUCUCUAAAAGGCCCAGUUGAAAGUUAACUCGUAUACUCUGGAUUUGUUCUGUGCUGCUGCUUCACUCUUUACGCUACAUGGCAAGCAUGGAUCAGUACAGGCAGAUGAACUGUGCCCAGCACUCUGCAUUGAAUACCACUAGGGAGUGUUUUGUUUACAGAUCUUGUUCACUGUUGACUGUGCUUGUCUUCUUAACCAUCCCUCAUGCAAAGAUUCACUGUGCAACUGCUUUUGGUAGGGCAUGUUUGUCCACUCCCUUUUACAUUACUGCAUUGCCUUCUGCUUUGUACACACCAGGGAAGCUGACUUGUCCGUUGGCCCUCACCUUCUUACCGGUAGAAGUUUUCCAAAUGGCUGGGUCCUUGCUGAAGCCUACUGCCUGGCAAUGUUGGCUGGAUUCAUGGGUUGAUUGUCUCCAAGGAGUACGGGAAUGCUAGUCAUACCACUGCAAUUUUAACUGAAAAAUGACACAGUUGAUCUUAGGUGCCGCUUUGAAAACUUCCUCUGUAUAGGGAAGAGACCAAGUAUGUUGUUGUUUUGUCAACUAAUGUUCAGAAGUGAUGCCACUACACAUCAUCAUUGUGCUUCCAUAUAGGGCAUUUAGGGGAGAGAGAAGCAUGAUGCUUUCAGUACUAGCGGAGCAAAGAUCACUUAUGCUGAAGCGGUUUGCUUUCUUCCAUCUUAGUUUCGAGUGAUUCAGACCAGGCAGGUUUUCUCAGCUAGGUGUGUUAAUUCAUAUUAAUGACUUCAGCAAAAGCUGAAGAAUGGUAUUAUAUUUCUCACCAAAGACCAGAUUGAAAGGUUAACCUGAGUCAUCCAAACCCUGUCUAGAUACAGGGUCCAGAUACAGAUCCUUCCCCUGAAUGUGACUGUGCUUUUAAUUCAAGGUGGCUGCUUGUAUGAGGAUAACAGAUAGCACAAUUCCUUAGCCAUUAACCCACCAUGUCUGUAGUGCAUACAUAAGCUAGGUUCACUGAAGGGCACAUACCCUCUGAUAUUCCCUUUUCCCCCACCAUGCUUGAAAAGACACAGUGCCUACAAGUAAAUUCGUAAGGUAGCUCAGCUGACUGAAGCACUAAGGAUCAUGGGGUGUGACCCCCAAAGUGCCUAACCCCAGGUGGAAACAGCAGUUCAGGUGCUGAUGUGUUGUGUAGUUGCUCCCCAGAGGCAAAUCUGAGGUGAUGAGGAGCCCUCUCCAUUAGGGAGCAAGUAGUAGGACUUGCAUCCUACAGACGCUGUGAGUCCCCAUAUCCUUUCCCAGCACUUUGAAGGCUGUUGUGUUCCCUAUCAAGUGAUCAACAGCUACUCAGAGCAAGGGGAGCUAGCACUAGUCAGUCAUCAGUUGUGUGGGCUAAGAGGUUUCUGAUCCCUGCUUACACUUACUGCUAUUUUCUCAAAACUGCAGGGCUGGAAAAGCACCACAAAUGUACUUGAGAAGACAGCUUGGUGCACCAGCCAUAGCACACAAACACCAUGUCUUUUUAUGCCUCACUCCUUAUCUACUAUGUAGAAACAGCAGCGUGGGCUUGCAGAAAAACAGAUGUUUAUGGGUGCCUAGGGCAGUAUCCUUUGCACUUACAUGAUCUUAUGGUGACAAUGCAUGCAACUUUAUAACUGUCCAAUUCAUAAUCAACCUUGCAGGUGGUAGUACACAGACUAUCUCAACUGCAGGGAGGAAAUGAAUGGAUGUUCACAGAAAGUACAGCCUCCUAAGGAGCUAUAUUUAAGAAAAAAUCUAGUUAUAGUAUCCAAAAUAAUGUAGCAGGUAAAACACAAGAGCUAGCUGUUCCCUGACAGGCUGAUCAGUGUUCCAGUCCAUGAAUGAUGAUGUUCUCCCUUUUGUUAGCAGUUGAUAACUUAAUUACACAAGAUCUGUUGGAUGAUGUGAACUAAGGGCUUGACCCUGCUGUGCUGUGGGGUCCUUUAAAGAGGACACUGGCAGGGUUGUUUCUGUGUGGGUGAAUUGUCUCUGUUUUUGAGAGUGCCUAGGACAGAAAGGACUGUUUUUUCCAUGGUACGGAGGAAGGUUUUUGUCUGUGUUGCAAAAGAAAGGGGGAAGCUGGGAUUCAUGCUAAAUCUAAAUCCAAAGCAUAUAGACAGGCACUGGGCUCUGCCCCUAUUUACUAAAGCAGCUUAGCAAAAAGGAAGAAUGUCUCAGCAAUGAUGGUAGGAUUUAACCACAUGUCAGGAUUUCAUCAGAUAGGGAAGAGUUUAGGCACAUGCUUAUAAGCAAAUAUGUUUAAUUGCUUGGUUAGUUCAAAGACUGGGAUAUGUUCCUAUGUGUGCUAAGUACAAAGUAGGAAAUAUCAACUCACAGUUGCAGAUUAAUCCUUCUAUAUAAAGAGUAACGAGGGCCAUAUGAACAAAACUCCUGGUCUAUAUCUCACAGCAAAUAGCAAGGGACUUGAGUGGAAAUGAGAUGGGACUGUUCCUAACCGAGAUCACACAAAAUUUUGCAAGUAGUUAAUUUUAAUUUCUUAAUGAUCUUCAAGUUCUUCUUAAUGCUCUAUAUGGAGUGAAAGGAUCUCAGUAAACCCAGCAGGACAUUUUGAGUGAGGACUGAAAAACUUGGCCUCUUUCAGAAGAGAGAACUAUAUUGCACUGAAAUUUUUUCUCUGCCAGAGCAGGUAAACAUUGGGAAAUUUCUUGUGUAUCCAUUGCAGCCUGUCCUUCCUUUUAGCUUUGGUGAGAAAGGAGUCAUGGAGCCAAUGUAUAGUCCACAGGAUGAGGAAAAGUGUCUCUCCUGACCUGCAGCACCUUCUCUGGGUGUCCUAGGGGGCCCCACUCAGCGGGCAGGAGAGGAUUUAGGGAGGUGUUAGCACCGGGACAGGUACAGGUGCUUUCCCAUACUGUGAUCCAGGAAGUAUUUGCGGAGCCAGUGGAUGCAGCCCGGGGUGAUUCAGCCCCUGGGUCUCCACCCGCCCAGCCACUCCCCAUGCUGUGAUGCUUCCAUCUUCACCCCAGCCCCACCAGUCCCAGCAGCACUAGGGCAGAAGGGAUGGGUGCAGUGCAGUGUGUAACAUAAUUUAUGGCAGUUAUUUUACUGCAAUUAUUUACUACCACAUCCCAGCAGCAAUGGGCUUGCCUGGCCGCAGCGGAGGUGGGACCUACUUCUGUGCAGCUUACCUCUGUUAAAGCUGCCAUCAGGGUCCUGUGUCUGCUUCCAUCUCUGCCAUGAACAAAGCACCCUCUGGCAUUGGAGUGGGGUUUGUCGCUCCUGUUGGAUGUGAGAGGGGUCUUCACAUGCCCUCAAGCCCACUUUCAAAUGUGGAUGCCUCUCUGUUCAGUACCUAACUCUCCGUAGGAUGUCUAAAUAAGGGCAGCUUAUUUCUCAGACUAUUUAGAUUAUUUUUAGCUACCCCAAAUUGCAAAUUUUUAUUUUACUGGAUGCUUUUGUCAAGGGGAAUUACUCUCUACUGUCCAAAAGGAGAAGAUAGAAGUGGAAUGUUUCCUGUAAGGAGGAUGCAAGUGGUUCAGCCAGAUGUGGGGAAAGGAAGAAGAACUACACCAACACUGCACAGAAAACUGCUCUUGCUCCUAGCUGCUGUGGAAAGCUAGAGGAGCAGUCAGAAAGGGCCCCUGGGCAGUUGUGUGGGUGUAUUUUUGAUUAACUUUGGAAAAAAUGCUAGUUCUGUUGUUUGACAGGAAAAGAUGUGGGAGGCAUAUGUUUGCUGCUAUAGUGCUCUACCAGUUGUGCUGACAAAAUCCCCUCACCUACAGAAAUACCCCCAGGAGCCAGUCUAGGAGAGGAAGCUCCAGAGAACAGAGCAGCAAAACACAGAUUUGAGGGAUCAUUCAAAAGGGAGGCUCAUAUGCACAGCCAUCCUGUGUCCCUGCCAGGCACUGCUGCUCACCCGGGCCAGCCCUCCCAGCUGCACUGGAAAAAUUGAGGGCCUUUUGCAUACUGUUGAAACCUCACAGCACUGAAUUGGGCUAUAUGAGUUAAAAACAGGACAGGGGCGGCAUUUUGAUGCCCUCUGCCCUCCACGUUUAAAGCGUUAGAUAACACAGCAGCAAUGAAUCUCAUUGCUGUUCCCGUGUUUCCUGUAAGUCCUACUGUCACAGUCGUGUACUGAGUCACUCCGUGUGACCAGCCUUCUGAAAGGUAUUUGCCUCCACAUUGAGUGGUAGUAAAAGGCUGUAAAAAAUGCCAUAAAUUGCAGUUAGAGAGGUGUCUCUCAUUGUGAAAUUGUUUGUGCCACUACUUUUAAAGGUUUUUUGCCAGGACCCGAGUGAGCAGCAGCACGGGUUUGGACAUUGCUGCAGACGCGCCAAGUGCUUCCCCAGAGCUUGUCUGUAGUGAUGUUCAAUGGCCAUAUCCGUUCCAAAACCAGCUGGAUUUCUCAUUCCCUAAUAGUGAUGUGUAAUCUUUAGUUUUCUUCCUUAAAUUAACAAGAGCGGAUGCUUUUGCUUAAAUGCUCUUCCUAUGCCGACUAACAUUUUUUCCUCCUUACACACAAAGGACCUAAUCCAGCAUCCAUUAUAGUGACAAGGAUAACUCUCCCAUGGACUGCAAUUAAGCUUUUUUUAGGCCUGAAUUGUUCCACCACAAGGGUCACCUGUGUGUAGUACAUGCUUUCCAGUGUCUCUGUGUUCUGCCUAUUUCUGUGAUACUGUUGCUGCCUUUCCCUGCUGUAUUUAUUUUUUAAAAGUAUACUUAUUACUGUAAGCAGAACCCAUAUUAUGUGAGAUUGAACAAAACCAGGUUCAAGAUCUGAAACACCUUCCUGAGAAGAGAAUGAAUGGGAAUUUUGUGUAGUUGUUUUACUGAUCAGCCAACCUGUUUCCUAUCAUGCAAGAUCUUCAAGGGAUGUAGAGGUGUUUCCUGCAGUCACAGAUAAGAACUAUUCUUCAGUUCACUCUUAGUUGUCCCUUCAGAAAUGAAGCAAGAUCUCCCAGUUCCAAAAGGGGUAUGUGCUGUGUUCUUGAAAGACUUUUGGGAGCUUUGCAAUGUGUAUUUAAUUCUUUGUUCCAUUGAACUGCUGAAAUUGAAAAGCAGGACAGAAAUCCAUGACGGAGUGAGAAAUAACAAAAAAAAAAAAAAAAUAAAAUGCUUACUUGUUUUGCAGAAGUAAACACCUAAAGUGAGUGUGGCUUCUCUACUUUAAGGUCACAUGUAGGAUGACACCUCUUCUGUGUCUAGUUUGUGUUGCACAUGUGUGAUAUCCUUGUUGAGGGAAAACCUAUAGAGGGUGCCUGAUGUUCCUCAAAAGUAGUAGGUAAAUGCAAGUCCUUUGGUCUUUAUUCUGAUAAAAUGCUAGUAGGAAUGGGAGUUUUGCUUGGGUUAAUGACUGCAGCAGGCAGCCCCCAGAUCUGCAAAAUCCUAUAUAGAAAAGUCCUGUGGAAUAAGUAAAAACUGAUCACUUCUCUCAAAUAGUGCCAUAAUAUUCACCUGACAUAAAAGGUCUCCAAUAAAAUCUACUUGGAUGGGUUUACUUUAAAGAAAAAAAUACCCAACAGAAUACUUAAUAGUUUCCUUUUUUAAAUGAAAUUCCGUUAAACUUGGUCAUUUGUUUUAAGCUCUGUUAAAUUCUACAGGACUUUCUCCUAACUGAAGGUCAGACUGGUGUGUAAAAUCAUAAUGGUUUAUUUGAGCAGCUUUCAGAAUUGCAGUAGUAAAACUCACCUUUUGUGAGCUCUAUUUCAAAAGGUAAAUUUUCAGCAUUUGUUUGUGCUUCUUUUAUCAACCUGAAUGUAAACCUGCUUUAUGUUCUUGACAUUGCCCUGUUUCCCUCCCUGUAUCUCUGAAUGUUUGCUUUCAAGUCACUGGGGUUCUGAGGACAUUUUCCAAACCAGUAUUAUUUAAAGUUGUAUCAUAUUUUCAGCCUCCACUAAUUAUACAGUACUGUAGUAGCAAAAUGUAAUUUUUAAGGAUUGGAUUAUUUUUAUAUCUGCAUCCAAUAUUAUUAAAUCUGGCGUUCUAGUCAGUACUAUAAAAGGAUACAAUAAAACUAUUAAUAU